AUAACCUCAAGGCCUGUAAAAUGUCGGGACGAGCUCUAAAAGUCGUUAUAACCGAAGCGUCGAGUUACACGGCUCGUUACUUAGCAUUUCGCAUUCUCAACGAAGAGCUUUUCGGACCAGACAGGAAAAUCAUAUUGAGUUUGUUCGUCGCCGACGAGGCUGUCAUGAGCUUGGAGGGUAUCGCCAUUGAAAUCACUGCUUGCGCACCCAACCUAUUGCAAGAUAUCGUCUACUCGGCAGAUCGAUCGGUCGCUUUUCAUCAAGCGGAUUGGAUAUUUUUUAUUGACAAAGGAAAGGAUCAUUACUUUACGUAUGCCGAUUUUGAGAAUGACUCGUUCUUCAUUGAUUCGAUGAUCGAGACAAAGAGAAACGCUAAGGCAAUCGAUCUUUACGCGAAUAAGACGGCAAACGUCAUUGUUUACAGCAGUACUGCUGCGAGGAUACUUUCCGAAUAUGCUCCAUCGAUUCCUAUUGCAAAUAUUACCGUGGCUACAAUGAUUUUUCGCAAUUAUACAGCAUCCAUGAUAGCCAAAAAAACUCAGCGACUGCCUUGCGAUGUGAAAAAUUUGAUAAUAUGGGGUACAAACAGUCUACCCGCCAUUCCCUACUGCAAGUAUGCUCGAUUUAGUGAUGGGAAAUAUGUGACGGAUGCGGUACAGGACGAUUUGUGGUUCAAGGAAGAACUUCCAAAGCUAUUCAAAGGGAUUUUUCGCAAGCGCCGUUAUCGAUUGACCGAAGCUCUGGCCUUCUUUGAUCAUUGUAAAUAUUUAAUAAACGGAACUCCAGAAGGUGAGUGGAUUACCAUGAACGUUUGCUCGGAUGGCUCUUAUGGCGUCAAGCCUGGCUUAUUUUUCUCCUUUCCUGUUUACUGUGUCAACGGCCAAUGGAAGAUUGUUCAAGGCUUAGAGUUAGAUGAUUACUUCAAAAAGAAGAUCAAAGAUAUACAGAUUACUAUGGAUGAUAAGAUGCAGUCUGCACUGAAUAUUUGCCUCGAAGACGAGAGGAAUCCAGAAAAACCAAUCGAUAAAACUGUAGUGAGGAAAUCUAUUUUAAAAAAUGAUUUUCCCACUCAGCAAAAUAAUGAAACUAUUACGCAAGACCUUGAUGAAAUGUCUCCGGAAAAUUCAGACAACCCUCCUCAAAAUACUGAAAAUUAAAUUUUUAUUAUUAUAAGCAGUAUUUGUUUUAUUACUUUUCUAACGAACAUAGAAAUCGAAUCAAUCUUAGCAUUAUCAGUUUUUUCUUUUUGUGUCGAGUAACGAUUUUACUCGAAGAAUUUUUAUUAUCUACCAACGUCUAGCCGUAUGAUAUCAUAGCUGUAAAAAUUUGCUGAGUCGUCGUCGGGUAAUGCUAC